AACAUUGAUGACAGCAGAAAGUAAAGGAGAAUUAAGAAGCUCUUGAGGAUGAAAGAAGAAAAUGUAAAAGCCGGAUUGAAGCUUUCUAUUUCAAAAACCAACAUGUUGGUAACUGAUCCCAUCGCUCCCUGGCAAAUAGAGGAAGUCGAAGUGGAAGCAGGGCCAGCUUUUACAUUCUUGGGCUCCAAGAUCCCUGCAGAGGCCGACUGCAGCCCUGAAGAGAAGGUGCUCGCUCGCUCCCUGGCUCCUUGGCAGUCUGGACCGCAUCUCAAAAGCAGAGACGUCACCUUGCCAGCACGGGACCUCAAAGCUCCGUGCGGCUGGGAGGAUCGGCCUCUCAGAAAACUGAGGGCCGCAGAAUCAACGCUUUGGAGCGGUGGCGCUGCUGGAGAAGACUUUGGAGAGUCCCUGGGCCAGCGUCACCCCGUCACACUAUUCUUUGCAAGGACAAACACUAAAGUGGAAGCGGAAACACUUGACCACCCAAUGAGAAGACGGGACUCCCUGGCAAAGUGUUCCCCAUGUUGGGAGAGCCUGAAGGCUAAAGGAGGAGGAGGAGGAGGAGAUGGAAGUGAGCGGAUCUCGAGCCAGUGGAGAACAGAAGGGCCCGGUGUGCUCGGCCGCAUGGUCAUGAAGAGUUGGGCACAACAGUUCUGCCAAUGGGGCAGGUCCCGCUCCUGCCCAGAGUCUAGUAAACAGAGCAGGUCUGAGCCUGAGGUUUCCUUGGCCACCAAUCAGUCUGGAGGGCUCAUUUCCCAGAGAGAACUCCAGCUCUUCAUGGGCACAGCUCCUUUACUUUCUGGCUUUGUAUCUCCAGUGCCCAGCACCAAGCCUGGCAUGAGGGAGUCACUUAACAAAUGCUUGCCUCAUUGAGGGGGAAACUGAGGCCCAGAGAGGGAUGCAGGCACAAAGGCAGACCUAGAAGCCAACCUUUGGAUGGAGUCUCCAGGACAUUUCCCCCCAGGCAGCACUGCCCUUAGAGAAGUGAGGAAGAGAAGUGAGGAAGUAGGAGCCUAUUUUGUUUGGGGCACGCUGUUCUUUGGCCCCCAGCCUGCACCCCCAAGGAAUUCUCCAGAUUCCCCUCUUUAGGAAAGCAGCUGGAAGUCAGCAAGAAGGGCUGUAGGCUUCCUGGAGGGGGAGCCAACCAAAGGCCUCCUCCAACCCACAGUCCCUCCCCUCUAGUUGGCUCAUAAGAGGCAGGAGUGGAAUCAGCUGAGUAAGGCAGGGGAGGGGAGAGAAGGGCAUCUGGGGCUUCCUUCUUGGCCCUUUCUGGGGCACCUAGGUUGGCUGGGCUGGGCUGAGCUGCUCGGGGCUGAUGCACCCCUGAACCCCAGCCCCACAGGUCUCCUAAGGGCAGCUGUCUGAUAGGUUAGGUCCCCACGUGCCCUCAGCUCCCUCACUUCCUCUCCCCAUCCAGGGGCACCCGUGGUCCAUGGAGGCAGACUGGCUCCUGUGGGCCCUGCUCUUUGUCCUGGAGCUGAGCUCCCUGAAGGGUACCAACUCCCAGGAUGCUGCGGCUCCUGCCCACGUGGCUCUGCAGCUGCCCCUACUCAGGGCGCUGCUGCAAGAAGUGCCCCCAAAGACCCCCCAAUGGCAGCCAGCUCGAGGGCGCCCCCUGCAGUACAUGCUGGAGCUAUACCGGCAGAGCGCCGACCCACAAGGUCACCCGCGGGAGAACCGCACCUUCCGUGUCGACGCUGUGAGGCUGGUGAGGCCAGCAGGCCACCGAGCGCUGCCCCCCCGGGGUCCCUGGUAUGUGCAAACCCUAGACUUCCCCCUUCAGCCAAACCGUGAGGGAUACCAGCUUGUGAGAGCUGCUGUUGCUUACCGCCCUCACCUCCGCCUGUCUCACUCCCAUCUCUCAUGCCAUGUGGAACCCUGGGCCCACAAGAGCUCCCUCCUCCUGGGGGGAGGCUCCCCAGGGUUUGCUCUGCCCGAGGCCUGGGCUGAGAUGGACAUCACCAAUUACAUUCAGCAGCAAUUCUGGCCUCAAGAGAGGAGGAGAACCCUUCGCAUCCAAGUCAAGUGUGAACAGCAAGAAAGGACCAACCUUGGCCUGGGCUGGAGGCAGGCACUGGCCAGCGACUCGGCUUUCCUGGUUCUGUAUUUCAACAACACCUUUGACAGUAUGCCACAAGUUAGGCUACAGGAACUUCUGACAGGGGAUCCUGCGGGAGCCGAUCCCCUUUUGCUGGCCCGGCAAGUCCGUCAGGUGGGCCCCAUGAGAUCUGAGGUGCCUGGUCAUUCACCAGAGCAGACCCAGUGUUCUCUCCAUCCCUUCCGAAUUAGUUUCCACCAGCUGGGCUUAGAAAACUGGAUCAUUGCCCCAAACCUGUAUAGCCCUAACUACUGCAAGGGGUCCUGCCCUCGGGUGCUACGCUCUGGUCUCUGCUCACCCAACCAUGCUAUCAUUCAGAACCUCAUCAACGAGUUGGUGGACCGGAACAUCCCCCGGCCUUCGUGCAUCCCUUAUAAGUACACACCCAUUAGUGUCCUGCUGGUUGAGGCCAGUGGCAGCAUCCUUUACAAAGAAUAUGAAGACAUGAUUGCCCAGUCCUGUACCUGCAGGUGAGCGUGGAAGUCAAGAGGCUCCAGCUUAUUCAGCAUCCUGUGGUGAUAUUGACCUCCUUUCACCGAUCCCCCAGGCUCUCUGUCCCCUCACUCCCACCUGGCUGGACACAGUUUUUCUUUCUCCGAUGCUCACUAUACUCUCCCCCCUGCCCCCGCCCCACCAUUGAUUUAAAAACCAAACCCAAGCUUUAAGUCUGACUGAAUACCUACUGCCUUGGGAGACUAUGUCCUUGGGAGUCCUGCCUCCUGUUUCUUCACAUUGAAUGAGAAGCCACCUUGCCAGGAGAAUCUUUGGGAUUGGUAUGACAGAAGGUGUGGCACUUUGUUCUUUGGGAGCCCUAGCCCUAACACCCAUCUAGACAAGCCCCACAUUCUCCCUUCUAGAGCCUCUGAUUCCCCCAGGCAGGCACCUGAGGUCUAGAAGGAAGUGCCAUUUGACUUGUCAGAAUCUGGAUCUUGGUGAGGGGGGAAUGCUUUUAAGCCUCUCAGGGAAGGAGCUGGGGUUCUCGGCACUCUUGGCCCAUGUAUCUGUCAAAGCUGCCAUCUGUUCUGGGCCAACCCUGGCUUUCACCUGGCUGGGCCUUCUGGAGCACCAUCAUUCCCUUGCUGCUGCCUGGGCCCUCGUGGCCUAUUCACGUUUAGCCAAGAUGUAGAAGGAAGUGGGCAGAGAGGAUUCCUGGGAUUGGUCAGAGGAUUUGUUUCUCUUCAGCCCACGUGUAUUUGGUGAGGAAGAGGGAAUAAGGAGCUCAGAUCCCUUCUUCAGAGGAAGUUGUGGCUAAGAUCUUCUUUUAAAAAAUGUCUAGGACAGAAAAAGCUUCACAAAAUGUUGUCUCGUUUUAUGUACAAAGAAAACCAGCCCACCAGAUGGACUGUGGAUCACUUGGUGGUUGGGGGGCGGGGGUAGAGGCAAGGUAAGGUGGGAGGCCCCAGUGUGCUGGGCCAGGGGUGGAGGGCGGGCAGGCACUAAAAGUCUGCUGUUAAUUUUAAACUUGAUUAAGGACAAGGGGCAGAGCCGUGGGCCUGACACUUCUUUAAGGAAGUUUUGACACCACUUGGGCUGGGUUUGGCGGUCCUGCUGGACAUGAGGCUGGCUUCCUUUAUACGACUGACUGGAGAGGAAGGGGAGGGGGAGGCAAGUGGCCCGUUCUUUCUGACAGAGGGCCAGUGAUCUGAAUGAUGGGAGUUUUCUAUUUUUGUGCUGUAUUUAACUACUGAGGGGAGAAGGGCGUUGUGGUAAAUAAAUCAAGUAUUUUGCUAA